AUGAAGGAUCUAUCUAUCUAUCUAUCUAUCUAUCUAUCUAUCUAUCUAUCUCAACCACAUUUAUUUAUUUAUUUUCCUUUCUUUCUAUAUGUAAAUAUCAACCUCUUAGAUUUCUUUCUUUUUUUCUUUCUUUCUCAAACUCUUUCAUUUCUAUCCUUCUUUCAAUAUUCUGUUCAUCUAUCUAUCUAUCUAUCUAUCUAUCUAUCUAUCUAUCUAUCUAUCUAUACUUUAUUUAUUUGUUUAUUUUCCUUUUUUCUCUAUAUUGAUCUCAACCUCUUAAAUGUCUUUCUUUUUAUCUAUCUUCUUUUGGAAAAUAAAAUCUUUCUCGUUUCAAUCUAUCUAACCCUGGCUUUUCAUAUCUAUCUAUCUAUCUAUCUAUCUAUCUAUCUAUCUAUCUAUCAUUCCCUUUCUUUCUUAUUUUCUUUCUUGCUUGCUUUUUUUCUUUCUCAUGAGUUGAAUCUUUCUUUCUUCAUAUUUCUUUCAUUCUUUCUUUCUUUCUUUCUUUCUUUCUUUCUUUCUUUCUUUCUUUCUUGCUUGCUUUCUUUCUUCGUAGCCCUUUCAUUCUUGCUUGCUUUUUUUCUUUCUCAUGAGUUGAAUCUUUCUUUCUUCGUAGCCCUUUCUUUCUUUCUUUCUUUCUUUCUUUCUUUCUUUCUUUCUUUCUUUCUUUCUUGCAUGCUUUCUUUCUCAAUAGUUGAAUCAUUCUUUCUUCGUAGCCCUUUCUUUCUUUAUUUCUUAUUUUCUUUCUUGCUUUCUUUUUUUCUUUCUCAUGAGAUGAAUCUUUCUUUCUUUCGUUCUUUCUUUCUUUCUUUCUUUCUUUCUUUCUUUCUUUCUUUCUUUCUUCCCUUCGCUCUAAUAGAAUCGUUCUUUCUUCAAUUUUCUUUCUUCCUUUCCUUUUCACUAGUUAAAUCCCUCUUUCUUCGUGGCUGUCUCUUUCUUUAUUUAUUCUGCGUUCUUCUUUCUUUUUUAUGCUUGUUACUUUCUUUCUUUUCUAUUUUUAAUGCCGUCUUUCUUUCUUUUUUAAUUUUUCAAUCUCUCUUUCUUUGUAGAUCUCUCUUUCUUUCUUUCUUUGUUUUUUCUUUCUAUGCUCGUUACCUUCUUUCAUUCUUUUUACAUUUUAAUCCUGACUUUCUUUCUUUUACUUUUGUUAACGUCUUUUCCCUUUCUUUUUAUUUCUUUCUUAUGCUUUUGACCUUCUUUGUUCUUAUUUUUAAUGUCAUCUCUCUUUGUUUUUUUUUUAGGUUUCUUACCGUCUCUUUCUUUCUUUCUUUCUUUCUUUCUUUCUUUCUUUCUUUCUCACUAGUUUUUUACCUUCUAUCUUUCUUUCUUUCUUUCUUUCUUUCUUUCUUUUUCUUUCUUUCUUUUUCAUUAGUUGAAUCUUUCUUUCUCCGUCGAUUUUCUUUCUUUCUUUUUUUCUCUUCGAAUUUUUCUUUCUUCGUCGCUGUUUCCUUCUUUCUUUCUUUCUUUCUCAUUAGUUUGUUACCGUCGUUCUUUCUUUCUUUCUUUCUUUCUUUCUUUCUUUCUUUCUUUCUUUCUUGCCAACGCAAAAAUCUAAAACACUUUUCCACAUUAUCUAUCUUAUUCCAUACGUACAUUAUCUAUCUAUCUAUCUAUCUAUCUAUCUAUCUAUCUAUCUAUCUAAUUCCAUUCAUAUCUAUCUAUCUAUCUAUCUAUCUAUCUAAUUCCAUUCAUAUCUAUCUAUCUAUCUAUCUAUCUAUCUAUCUAUCUAUCUAUCUAUCUAAUUCCAUUCAUAUCUAUCUAAUUCCAUUCAUAUCUAUCUAUCUAUCUAUCUAUCUAAUUCCAUUCAUAUCUAUCUUAUUCCAUUCAUAUCUAUCUAUCUAUCUAUCUAUCUAUCUAUCUAUCUAUCUAUCUAUCUAUCUAUCUAUCUAA